CAUUUUCAAAUAAACUUGCGGUCACUCUGUUUAAUUCUUCAUGUUACAAAUAUUUACAUCGUAAAUUAUUAUUUUUUAAAUUACAAUGGAGACCAAUACAGAACGGAGUACAGAAGCGACUUCAACAGAAUUAAGAAGAGAGGCCCGCCGUAAAAAAAUAUUGGAAAGCGCAAAAAGUCGACUGGAGAAACUGAAUGGCAGAGUGCACCCACAUGACGCAAAUUCCCCUGAGGUUUUGGAAUACUCGGACCCUGAAGUGGAACCCAACAUUCAAGUCGGAAGUAAAAAUUAUCAAGAAGAUGCGUUUAAUUCCGUAUUUUUUACCUCAGCCAGCAGUAAUACAACUAAUCUAGAGACCCCCAGCUUUUUUGUAAAAAGCAGAGCCCUUAUUUUCGUUGCUGCUAUAGUGGGAUACAUUCUAUCUCAGUAUGCAAAUAACAUCCUCUUUGUUCCAGUUGGGUUAUGCAUACUGAUUGAAGUGUUUUAUUAUAAAGGGCAUCAAUAUCUGAACAACAAUAUUGUUAAUAUGAUUGUGCCAAUGGUACUUUUGUUUGCUGGCCCUUCGUUGGGAAACAAGAUAAAACAGAUUAAUAGUCUCGUCUCGAUUUCACAAUCUCUCCUUAUAAAUCUUGCUAUAACCAUAUUCUGCAUAUGCCUAAGUAGCUUUUUGUUUCAAUUGUUUAGCUUAAAUCAUAUUGUGGAAAUUAAAUAAAAUGUUAUUACUAUUUCGACCUUACAUUGUGUCGCAAGAAUA